AUCUCGCGAUAGUCCAGGUCACGCGAUAGCUCCGCGUUGUCUGCCAAGUUCCGAACCACGGCACUUUAACGGCAUCACUAACAGCAACAAUGGCGGCUUUCCGCAGAGUUGCAGCGCUGGCAGCGAAGCUGAACAUCUGCGCCGUGUCGAGAAACGAGCUGGUCGGGCGUCAGACUUCCUCAAUGGCGCGGAUGUGUCGCACCAUUGGCCUUUGUCUGGCGACGGGAGGUGCGGUGGCGCUUUACUUUUACGAGGACAGGAGCCGGAGGAAGACGAUGGGGACUCGCAGCAUCCACGCUUUGCUGCCAUCCAUCCCAGCCGUUGAAGCCAAAGAGAAGGCACAUCCGAUGGACUUUGAGGAGGGAGACGUACACAUGUCAUCCCAUGAGCACCGUUUCCGUAUGUUCACCUCUGUGGAGUAUGAAGGGCAACUCUACAUGACUCCUCAAAACUUCAUCGAGUCAGUCACCAUGAGUGAACCAAGGAACAAGAGGCCCUGGAGGUCCUUGACCAAGCAGGAGCUGGAGAAAAUCCUAUCAGAUACUCCCCCUGUAUGGAGAGGAUCAUCCAAACUAUUCCGUAACCUGAAAGAACGAGGCAUCAUCUCAUAUACAGAGUACCUUUUCCUGCUCUGCAUCCUGACAAAGCCCCAUGCUGGCUUUAAGAUUGCUUUCAAUAUGUUUGAUGCAGACGGCAACCAGAUGGUGGACAAGAGGGAGUUCUUGGUGCUUCAGGAGAUUUUCCGGAAGAAAAAUGAGAAGAAAGGGAGGAAAGGGGAUGCUGAAAAAUCAGCACAAUUGAGUAUGCAGCUGUAUGGAUAUCAGGUUGCCCCCAUGAACAGCGUGCUAAAAAAAGACAAUCAGGAGUUUGUGGCUCGGAGUUACUGGGACGUUCUCAGGAGAGGCGCAAGCCAAAUCCUCUUUUCUGACCUGGCGGAGCGUGCAGAUGAGAGUUUAACUAUUGACACCACCCUGCUGGUCCAUUUCUUCGGGAAGAAAGGGAAGGCUGAGCUCACUUUUGAUGACUUUUAUAGGUUUAUGGACAACCUCCAGACUGAGGUACUGGAGAUUGAAUUUCUGACCUACUCCAAAGGAAUGGCCACCAUCAGUGAAGAGGACUUUGCCAAAAUCCUCUUGCGCUUCACCAAUGUGGAGAAUAUCGGUGCCUACCUUGAAAAUGUUAGACACAGCAUACCUGAUGAAAAGGGAAUAACCUUUGAUGAGUUCCGCUCCUUCUUCCAGUUUCUCAACAACCUUGAGGAUUUUGCCAUUGCCAUGCAGAUGUACAAUUUUGCAUCUCGCUCCAUCGGACAAGAUGAGUUUGCAAGGGCAGUUUAUGUGGCCACAGGUCUGAAGCUGACACAUCACUUGGUCAACACUAUCUUCAAAAUCUUUGACGUGGAUCAUGAUGACCAGCUCUCUUACAAGGAGUUCAUUGGCAUCAUGAAGGACAGGCUGCACCGAGGUGCCAGGGGAUAUAAAGCGAUGGAGCGAGCCGUUUCCUUUAGAUCCUGCUUGAAAAGAGAGCUGGCAGGCAGAUAAGUGAAGGUUCCGUGUCGCACGUCCUUUCCCCCGCCAAGUUGUCCUUGAGGCCAAGAGACAAGUGAAUUGAUCCGGGCUGGAAAAAGAUGUAGCAGAUUCGAUGAGGUUCGAAGGUGGACAACUGGACACAGAGUUUUUUGAAUUCAAGUCCAAGGAUGAAAUAUACUGAAGGUUCAGGAGAUGAAAACGUCAUCACCUGCAGUGCAAUUUAUACACAGUGAAUUGAUACCUUGGCCACAGUCAUUAUUUAUGCGGUAUUUAUGUUGUUAUGUUUGUACUUACUAGAAUGUUUGCAUGAUUGUCAUGUUGCCCGUUUCAGACCAUUUGUUUUAUAACUAAUUUGUUCGCUUUGAAUCCCUUUUCUGCUGUGACUAGAGAAGAGUAAUGUAGGUCCUCCCUGUUUCAUGUUGUGGGAGCAUUUCAAUUGUUACGUCACAAAAUACCACGAACACAAAUUUCAUUUGCAUUAAUAAACAGUUAACAUGU